CGAGGGGAUCUUGUAUUCGCGCGGUCCUGAUCUUGUGGGAGAGGAGCGGCGAGUACGGAUGCCACAUGUACAUAGCGGCCGUAGCACCGCGCUGCGUUUCUUUGUCUGCGCACCGAGAACCAACACAGUCUGCGAAAUGACAGCAAUUCUCCGACGGGCCCUGCGAUGCCCAUUUCCCUACCCAGCAUCGCCUAUUUGGCUUGGCGGCUCGUAGGGCACUGCACUUGCGGUGCAGGGUGGAGGAGUCCAGGCUCACACAGCCAUGCUGCCGGCCGUUGGCGUGCCGCUCGCCGGCCGCCGUCCAAUGCGAGCGCCCCGCGACACUGCCACUCUCCGCUGCUCACCGUCCCCUUGCCCGCUCCCCAGCACCGCUACUGCUGCCGCGCCUUCAUCGACGCUGUGCACACAUGCAUGCAUGACGCACGAUGCGAUAACGGAUCUGAAGUAGCGGAGCGCGCAUUGAAGCGCCGCGCAUUUUAUAUAUCCCUUGGGGACGCCCUGGGCGAUGCAGUUUCGGGAACGCAAGACAGUCCAUCCAUCGCACCGAACACCUCGUCCACAGCAGCCUUCCGCCUUACCAUCGCAGCCCUACGCUUCCUUCUGCGACCCAAUCGAGCUACAGACGCGGCAUGGUAGAGCCCGGCGCCGAUAUUACGACGCGCAUCUUCGACCAGCGGACAUUAUUCAACCAUGACGGCGCCUCCGCCCCAGAUGCCCCUCUUUACCCUUACCGAAUCGCACCUGCCGCCUGCAUGGGCCGGAGCAGGAGCAGCCUCCUACCUCUCUCCCGCAUCCACCGCCUCCGAUUCGCCCUUCUCCUGGUCGUCCAUGGCUCCGCUGCAGAGCUCAAAUCGUAUGCGCAUUUCUUGUCUCGUUGUUCCAGUCUAGUAUGAGCGCGUGUGUCUUGUCUCUUCGGGAUUGCGCUAACGGGGGUGC